CCUCCCUAAGCAUGCAUGGGACACCACCCGAGUUGCUCAUUCCCCUCUAAGUAGCUUCACACUUUCAUGAAGGGUUAAGUGCUCCGUUUUCUUCUCUCUCUCCUCUUAUUUGAAAACAGCAUAUAUUGUCUUGAUUAGUAUAUAUAAAUUGAUCAAGAAAAUUAAGAGGGCUAUAGCUGUGAAUAAUAUCAAGAGAGAGAGAGAGAGAGAGAGCAAUAUGAAGGCGGUGAUAGGAGAGGUGUUGCCGUGCGCCGCCAUGGUGUUGGUGGAGGGUUGCAUUAUAGGAUUGACAAUAAUGGCCAGCACCGCCAUGGCGAGAGGGAUGAGCCCUUUCGUGUUUGUUGUGUAUACCAACGCUCUUGGAUCAAUCAUUCUUCUUCCUUUUUCCUUCUUCUAUCAUAGGGACAACAGAUCAGAAGAGUCGCUCUUCACCACCCCUUUUCUCCUGCGAGUCUUCUUCCUUGGCUUGAUAGGGAUUACAAUAGCUCAAAACCUGGCAUUUGUAGGCCUAAGUUACAGCUCUCCGAUCGUCGCAUGCGGCAUGGCCAACCAGAUUCCUGCUCUAACUUUCAUCCUAGGAAUCAUUCUCAGGAAAGCACGAUUUGAUUGGAGAAGGCCAGGUAGCAAAGCAAGAUUAAUCGGCAGCUUGAUAUCUUUGGGCGGAGCAAUUUCAAUCACUCUCUACAAAGGCCCUACCAUCAGAAACCAUUCUUCUCCGUCACUAUCGGCGGCGGCGCCCCGGCUAUUGGUCUUCUCUUCACCACACGAAAACUGGGUUCUUGGCUGCCUUUUGUUUGCAGCGUCUUCGGUUACUCUAACCAUCUGGAACUUUGUCCAGGUGGGAACUGUCAAAAUGUGCUCGCAAGUGAUGAAAAUAAUCUCUUUUUAUAGCUUCUUCGGGACUGUCCAAACAGCUCUCCUUGCUUUCUUCUUGGAAAGAGACCCCAAUGCAUGGAGACUUCACCUUAACUUUGAGCUUCUCAUCAUAAUUCUAACUGCAAUUUUCAGCAGUGUGAUCCGAAGCAGUGUUCAGAUAUGGUGUACCAGGUUGAAGGGCCCUUAUUUCGUGCCCGCAUUCAAGCCCUUUGGAAUUCCCUAUGCGAGCACCUUCGGCUCUUUGCUCUUUCCUGAUACUUUCCAUUAUGGAAGCAUGAUGGGAGCAUUCAUCUGUGGAGUGGGCUACUACACCGUGUUUUGGGGACAAAUCAAAGAUGAAGAGACACAUAAGUCGGAUGAUGAGGGCAAGAUUGUUAAUUCUUCCAUGGAUGAUCAGAAGGUCCCUCUUCUGCAGGAAGAUUCACAAGUAUGAUGAUCAGAUCAAGAACUAGCUUGAUCUUGAUUAAAUAUUAUGAAGAGGAUAUAUAUAUAUAUAUAUGUUUUUUUAGCUGCAUAUAUAGAAGAAUUUUCUUGAUUAUGGGUUUAAAUUUAUUUGUGAAUAAGGGUUCACAAGAUCAGGAAUUUGAAUGUACAUAGGAUUUGGAAGGGUUUGAUUUUAGGACCCUCACCAUCUCAAUAUAUUUCAAACCAUAUAGUUUGGGUGUAUAAUACGAUAUGCACGAAUUUGGCGUGUUUCA